UGUGUAAUCUUCAAACACAAAACACAUACACACUAUCUCCAACAUAUUUUAUUUUUGGUUUUCAACUUCAAUAUUGUUUAGUUCCCCAUCUACCAAACAACAACAGUUUUGAUUCAUGUGUAACCCAACACAAUCUUCCUCAUCCAAAUUUGUCAUUUCCAAGAAUACCCUUUUCAAGAAUCUCAACAACAAACCCCCAAAAUCUAUGGAAGAUCCUCAUCACCAACUUCAGGGAUGGCCAACCCCUUCUCAGGCCUUAGAGGAAAUGAAAGCCAUUGGAAAGAUCUCAGGACCGACAGCCAUGACUGGUUUACUACUGUACUCAAGAGCCAUGAUCUCCAUGCUUUUCCUUGGGUAUCUCGGCGAGCUUGAGCUCGCAGGAGGGUCUCUCUCUAUCGGGUUCGCAAACAUCACCGGCUACUCAGUCAUCUCGGGGUUAGCCAUGGGCAUGGAACCCAUUUGUGGUCAAGCAUAUGGUGCGAAACAAAUGAAACUCUUGGGUCUUACUCUACAGAGAACAGUUCUUUUGCUCCUCUCAACUUCUCUUCCAAUCUCUUUCAUGUGGCUUAACAUGAAGACAAUCUUGUUAUGGUGUGGCCAAGAUGAUGACAUCUCCGAAACGGCUCAAACUUUCAUUGUUUUCGCGAUACCAGAUCUCUUUGUGUUGUCCCUUUUACACCCUCUUCGUGUUUAUCUCCGGACACAAAACAUUACGCUGCCGUUAACUUACUGUUCGGCUGUUUCUGUGCUUCUUCAUGUACCGUUGAAUUAUUUGCUGGUGGGGUACUUCAAGAUGGGAGUUUCUGGGGUGGCGGUGGCGGUGGUCAUCACUAAUUUAAACUUGUUAUUCCUUCUGAUCACCGUCGUUUACCUCACAGGCGUCCACCGGGAUUCAUGGGUGUCGCCGAGCAUCGACUGUUUACGCGGUUGGUCGUCGUUGCUGGCACUUGCGAUUCCCACGUGUGUGUCCGUGUGUUUAGAGUGGUGGUGGUAUGAAUUAAUGAUAAUAUUAUGUGGAUUAUUGUCAAGCCCUAGGGCCACCGUCGCAUCAAUGGGGAUUCUUAUUCAAACAACGUCGUUAGUUUACGUUUUUCCGUCGGCGUUGAGUCUUGGGGUUUCAACAAGAGUUGGGAACGAGCUCGGAGCUAACCGGCCCGCCAAAGCACGUGUUUCAAUGAUCGUUUCGCUCGUUUGCGCCGCCGGGAUGGGUUUUACGGCAAUGUUGUUUACUAUAUUGAUGAGACAUCGGUGGGGGAGAUUUUUCACCGCAGAUGCAGAGAUUCUUGAGCUCACAUCGAUGGUAUUGCCGGUGGCUGGACUAUGCGAGCUCGGGAACUGCCCUCAGACCACCGGUUGCGGUGUUUUGAGAGGUAGUGCACGCCCAACCGUGGGAGCUAAUAUUAAUUUGGGAUCAUUUUAUUUGGUGGGGAUGCCGGUAGCUAUAGUGAUGGGGUUCGCCAUGAAAAUGGGAUUCGCCGGAUUUUGGCUGGGAUUGCUUGCAGCCCAGGGAACAUGUGUCUUGCUCAUGCUGUAUGUUCUUUUUACAACAGAUUGGAUUGUUCAAGUGGAAAGAGCCAGAGAACUGGCAAAACCAUCACCAUUUUCUUCUUGCUGUUUACCGGCUAAUCCGUCAUUCACAGCGACCAGCUGCAAGGAUGAUGCUAAAAACUCAAUGGAAGCAAAUCUUGAAGAAAUCAUAUCAAUAUCUACCGAAGAUGAGGUUGAUCAGUUGGUGAAGGCAGAAUGUUUUUCACUUGAAACACACCCUCUCAUUGCUGAUCACCACUAAACUCAUUACUUUACCUUACAAAAUUGUUGAGCAGUGAUUGUAUUCGACACCCGUUAAUUGGUUGC